GCAGAAACGAAGUUGAUGAUGAUCAUGCUGUUGAGAACGAUUUGACGAAGGUCCAAGCUGUUUUGCGUCUGGGGCGCUCGAUCAGUGAGUCCGAAACUUCUCAUCACAAUGACCUCCAUCGCUUGCCAUUUGCUUACCAUCAAGUACAUCUCAAGUUCACCUAUGGCGCUCAGCUGCUGCUGGGUUUCUACUUGGAUUCCAUAUUUCGCGCGAGUUUUCCCUUCAUCACGUUGGACAAGGGGAUCGCAGUGUUUCGCUUGUCUUGUGAGAAACAUUCUCCUAGUGUACUACAGCAGUUCAUCUACAAGACCUUGACCAAGUGCGGCAAUCACUAUCAGACGAUGCGUUGUGUUGAGUUCUGGAAACUCACUGCUCGCUACUACUUCUAUAGUAAGUUUGAUCCUCACUUCAACUUCUGGUGCGCGGUGUUCUUUCGUGGAACUCUGCUGCCACCUCGUUCGAUCGACGUGGCCAAGAUCGUGGAGGUGAAACCUUCGAAGGCGCAGCUGACCAUGAACGACUGGUAUAAGCGUGGCGAAGACCAGCGUGCGAAGAUCAAGGUCCAAUCUAUCUUGCUCUCUGGUGCUUCUAGUGAUAGCGAAGGUGAAUCGCACUGGAAAUGGAUUACGACAGCAGAGAAGAGCGUUCGCAAGAUGAGCGAGCAGUUUCAACUGUCGCACCGACGCGAUGUCUGGGCUCGUCAGACGCUCUUUCCAGCGGUUCCCGGUCAGUUCGGCUUCGGUCAUGACAUGGCACCUGUUCGCAUCCAGCACUACCGCAAUCACAUCCGUAACACCACCAAUACUACCAAGAAGCGCGAGCGCAAAUGGAUGUCGGAGAACAAGUUGAAGCCUAUUGAACGCACAGCGUACUUCGGUUCACUCGAGAACACCAUCCACAAAGAACCACUCUCGGAGGGUACGAAGGUCGUUGCGUCUCAGCUCAAGUCUCGGGUGAAAACGAACCAGCCACGCAUCGAGUCUCACCAUGCUCGGUACUGGUAUCCCAGUCUGCAGCUAGCAACGUACAUCAACGACGCCUCUGGGCGUCCUAUCAACAUCCUCCGCAACCUGCAGGCGCAAGGCCGCCUGGUCGAUGUGAUGAAGCGUCUCCACUUCUUCCGCAACGAAUUUGGUCUGCUCGUCUUCGAAGACCAAGAGACCGCGGGUUUUGUCCUCGUUUUGGAGCUCCUCGAAGGUCUCUAUGACGGUAUCCGCAUGCGACCUGAUGGUGCUGGGUAUCUUUCGGUCGUCAGUGGCAUGGAGUCUCCAAUUGUGUCGGGAUUCAGUGCUGACUGUGCGUACCUCGCUGAUUACUAUCCAGUGCAUCGCAAUGGCAGGCUCAGCUUGUACGUCGCUAACUCCACUUGGGUGCAGUUCAAUACCGCCCUGGCUGACUGCGUCGAGGCCUUGCCGUCCAACAUGGUGAGCGAGACUUUGGCGUACUACCUGCGUAUCGAUAAGCCCACUGUCAACCUCGAGGAUGAGUUGCGUAUCGUGCUGCGUACUGCGCUGGCGGAUGGAUAUGAAGCUGGUUUUGCGGCCUAUGAUGCUGCCGUGAGUCCUCCAAUGCAGUUGCUCGGUCGAGUGAUGGACACAGCUGUCCGAGCUGGUGGCGGACGUCCAGCUGGAACCGCCAAUCGCGAGCGCACUGCGGCGCAGAAGACGCGCACCUACCUCGGCUACACUCGCCACGACGUGUGGUUUCACAUCGAGUGCAAGACCUGCGAAAAGCGAGCUGCGGCCAUUCGUAACAGCAUCAAGCGUUCUCGCACUGGCAACGUCACUGGGUGUCAGCUCUACACCAACUACGAAAAGGAUACGGCACACGGCAUCCGUAACAAGAAGCUCCCGAAGGCUCCGCGCACCUUGUGGCCAACUACUACACCAGCACGCAUCCGCAUCAACGAAGCACUUCUACCCAAGAUCAAAGAUGCACACAAAGUCAUCUGCAAGAAAGCCCGUCUGAAUGUCGUCAAGAUCACGGCUCGUGGAGACAGGACGAAGAUGGUCCUCAACCCAAGCGUGAACAAACCCUACUACGACGCGGUGAUGGAGGGUUUCCCAGCGCUGAGCAAGGACGACGAACGCUUCCUCGAACAAGAAGAAGACAAGGAUCCAGUGAUGUGCACUGCCGUCGACCUUGGCGGGGACGUGGCUGGUGAUGAUUUGCUAGCUGAUGAGUGAUUCAGCAGAUAGGUUUCUUACUCAUUUUGAUCAUCCAACAGCAACUGACAUGCCUCUUACCUUUUCUGAAAAGUUAAGCAUUUUCCUUGUAUUCUGUUCGUUGCAAAUCGCCGGACAUGGGGACGUACUGCGUACGUUAGAAAAUUUAAGGUAGAACUAAACACAUAUGGCCGACGCUUCACACUUCGAAGUCUUGCCGGCAGCUUGCUUACGAUAUUCCAUCGAAGUCGUUAUAUCUUGUACAAAAUAAAUCAUGACUAUUCGCACCUGUUUGAAAGAAACAGCUGGAAACUUUUCACCAGCAGCAUAAGCGUCAGCAUUCAAGGACCAGGGCAGCUUGUCGAUAAGCAUGUGAUGGCACAGUAAAUCAGUCGGGAUUCGUAUUUAGUAAAAGCAGAAGUUCUACCACGAAACUCAAAGGAGUAAAGCCAUCACUUUCAAAGCUCCAAGUACCUACUUCAUGUAAUAUUUUGGGUGAACACGCGAACAAGAUCAUAGUCAUAUCAUAACAUAAUUCAGAAUAUAAGUCAGUCACUUCACAAGUGAAAACAUCGAGAUCAUGCGAUCUACUAGAGAUCUACUCUUAUCGGCUUUCGUACUCGAUGGAGGUACUCGAGAGCGUGCUUCGGGUUGACAUCCUGGCAGCUUCUUCAUGCUACAAAGAUCGCACUCCGCAACGAAAUACUGAUCGACCCACGUCGCCAUUGGCUUCGUCACAUAUGAAACGACACUCGGAUAAACGUUCAGAGUCUUGCUAUCAGGAUUGUGCCUUACAUGAAGUUUUGCCAUGGAAUUAAAAUUGAUGAG